AUGCCCAAUCCCUACUACGCCGGUGGAGUACCGAUGUACGCCGCGAACUACGGCUACUACGGGGGCCCGCCGGUCAUGUACCCGGGCUACGCCCCGACGCUCCUCCCGCCGGCCGGCGAUGCGCCGCAGCGGACGCGGCGGCGGCGGCGCGGUUCCGCGCGCGGGCGGCGCGGCGGCCGGCGCGACGGCGACAACGGCGACGCGGCGGCGGCCGACGAGAACGGCGACGCGUCGCCGCGCGCGGCGCCCGCGGAGACGCCGGCCUUCUCGGCCGCGGACUUCCCGUCUCUGGGGGUGGCGACGGGGAUCAAAGAACCGGCGCAGCAGUGGGUGACGCCCGCCGCGCCCGUGACGGCGCAGACCCUAGGCCAAGAGCCGCCCGCCGCCCUCGCGGCGGCCCAAGCGGCGCCGGCCGUGAGCGAGCCGCCGAAGCCGCCGCCGCCUCCCCAUAAACCCAAGGACGGCCGCAAGUGCGGCGUCUGCGCCUGGUUCGAGCCCAGCAAAAAAAUGGGUUUUAUUCGACAGGACGAGGGCGGCGACAUUUUUGUUCAUGCUUCCGACUUGAGAGAUGGUGUGAGUAUCGAGGAGGGUGAUAGGGUGGAGUACGCCGUGGCCCAGUUCAAGGACCGGAACAAGGCGAUCGACGUCGUGCCCAUCUCGCAGAUCGUCUCCACGACUCCGGAGGAGGAUGCCAGUGAUGGGACGCAGGAGGAGGAGGUGCCCGUGUUUGAUCCUACGGACUUUCCCUCGCUCGGCGGCGCGGCGCGGCCCGCGGCGCCGGCGGCCUGGGGCGCCUCCGCGGUGCCGUCGUCUCUGGUGACUCCGCCCGUCGUCGCGCCCGCGCCCUUGGUCACCAAGAGGCCAGCGCCGCCGCCGUCGCCGCCGCGGCCCGCUCCCACUAAUUCAGGUGAUGGCGAAAAAAAAGACCAGGGCAUUUCACAAAAGCGCAAGACGGGCGUCUGCCUCUGGUACAUCCUUAAAAAAAGGCACGGCUUCAUCAAGCCCGACGAGGGCGGCGCCUCGGACAUCUUUGUGCACGCGUCGGACUUGCGGGACGGCGCGAUCGAGGAGGGCGACCGCGUCGAGUACGCGGUGGCCAAGUUCAAGGACCGCGUCAAGGCCGUCGACGUGACGGUUCUAUCGCCGGCGCCCGCCGCCGCCGCCUGAUUCUCGAAAAAUGUGACCCGCACGCCGUGCGAAAGAACGACGAACGAACGACUAGUAGCUAGGAACCUCCCCCCGCCUCCGCCCCCUGAUCCCUCCCCCGUUAACCUUUUUUGUGG